AUCUGCUUCCACGUAUCACAACUCCACUUCAUCCCAAUCACUGCAAACUCAGUUUAGGCUGGUGCGCUAAGGUGUGUACUUUUGCACCGCGGAAAGAUCAUUUGACGAUUUUGCCCUCACCUUUUUCUCGUCCCCCUCUGAAACAAAGCGAAACAGAGAGAGCUCUCUCUCUUCAGUCACCCAUGGCAACGCUUCGUUUCGCCACAGCUUUCGUUUUUCUUCUUUCUCUCUUACGUGCUAUCAAAGUUUCCAAGUGCCAAUCGUUCAUCGGCAUCAACUAUGGCCAAGUCGCCGACAACCUUCCUUCACCGUCAGAAACCGCGAAGCUUCUCCAAUCAACAAGUAUCGAAAAGGUCCGACUUUACGGAGCCGACCCGGCCAUGAUCAAAGCCCUAGCGAACACCGGGAUCGGAAUCAUGAUCGGCGCCGCCGACGGCGACAUUCCGGCGCUAGCCUCCGACCCGAACUUCGCCAAAAGCUGGAUCAACUCCAACGUGAUCCCCUUCUACCCUGCAAGCAAGAUCAUCCUAAUCAAUGUCGGCAACGAGGUCAUGACCUCCAACGACCAGAACUUGAUGAACCAGCUAUUGCCGGCGGUGCAGAAUGUCCAAAAUGCCCUCAACGAAGCUUCGUUGGGAGGGAAGAUUAAGGUGUCGACGGUGCAUUCCAUGGCGGUGCUUAGGCAAUCGGAGCCACCGUCUGCCGGAAUGUUCCACCCGAAUUUGGUUCAGAUGUUGAAAGGGCUUUUGAGUUUCAACAAUGCGACGGGUUCCCCUUUUGAGAUUAACCCGUACCCGUACUUUGCAUACGGGAGCGACCCGAGACCCGAUACCUUGAACUAUUGUCUUUUUCAGCCAAAUCCAGGGCGGGUUGACUCGAAUACUAAUAUCAAGUACACCAAUAUGUUCGAUGCUCAGGUGGACGCUGUUCGUUCUGCUCUGAAUGCCAUGGGUUUCAAGGAUGUUGAGAUUGUGGUUGCUGAGACUGGUUGGCCAUACAAGGGAGACAGCAAUGAGGUUGGCCCUAGUAUUGAGAAUGCCAAGGCUUAUAACGGUAAUUUGAUUGCUCACCUUCGGUCAAUGGUGGGAACCCCAUUGAUGCCGGGUAAAUCAGUGGAUACAUAUCUCUUUGCACUAUAUGACGAGGACUUGAAACCUGGAGCUGGUUCUGAGCGAGCUUUCGGGAUUUUCAAGCCUGAUCUAACCGCGACCUAUGAUAUUGGCCUCUCCAAGAGUAGCCAGGCUCCAUCUAUGCCAAAAACUCCAGUAACUCCAGCACCAACUCCAGUUUCUCCAGCAUCUCCAACACCAACACCAGUUUCUCCAUCACCAAAACCAGUUUCUCCAUCACCAAAACCGAAUAAAGCAUCAUGGUGUGUGCCAAAGGUAGGCCUAUCAGCUGCCCAAUUACAGACAAAUUUGGAUUAUGCUUGUGGACACGGGAUUGAUUGUAGUCCAAUCCAACCAGGCGGCGCUUGUUUUGAUCCUAAUACUGUGGCAUCCCAUGCUGCUUAUGCAAUGAAUCUCCUCUACCAAACAGCAGGCCGGAAUCCAUGGAACUGUGAUUUCUCACAAACAGCCACACUCUCAUCCAACAACCCUAGCUAUAACAACUGCGUUUACCCUGCUGGGAGUAGCUGAGAAGGGGAGAAUGGACGAGGCCAACUACGGCGGAGGACUCUCUAUAUUUCUGACUCAUGUUAUCUGACUCAUGUUAUAUACAUAAGUAGGCAGUACGGCCUGUAUGUGUAGAAAUGUUUAUAUAUUUGUCUUGAACUUCAUGUGUGUAAAUGUUUACUAGUGUUAUAAGAUAGAUGCUGAGGUCUUGAACUUCAGUUCUAGCUUGAUUCAUUCUCGGAAUUGUUACUUCAAUCUCAAGGUGCUUUGAGGAUGUAGUAAAUGUCUUGUAACUUCAACCGGAUGUCUCAAAGCUUGUUUGGAAUGAGAAAGUUCAUGGAUACGACAAAGUGUCACAACA